AUGAUAACAUCUAGCAUCAGCCAAGCGGAACGAAUGCUGACCGAGUUCGACGGAACAUGUGGAUACAUCGGACUUCAGCUGAAUCUGCACAAGACGGUAUUCAAGCGUAACUUAUGGGUCUCGGAUGCCCUAUUCACGCUCAACGGAACGAACAUAUCCGAAUGCACCAGCUACGUUUAUCUGAGUCGGGAGUUGAACAUGAUGAACGACCUGACCGCCGAGCCGGCUAUCCGAGAGGAGACGAGCGGCUUGGGGAGCAUUCAAAAGCCUCCAGGAUGUAGUGAAGAAGACCAAGCGGCUCUGUGCUCACCUCUUCAACACCACCGUACUUCCUGCUUUGACCUAUGCUUCAGAAACCCGGGCAUUUCGCAAGCAGGAAGAAAACGGUGGGCGUCAUUGAACGCGCAAUUGAGAGUGAUGCAUGGAGUAUCCCGCUUCACGCAAGUGAGGGACGGGAUUCGAAGGUCUCUCCUACGUCAGCGAUCGAAGAUUAGAGACGCAGCUGCGUUUGCCAAGGAAAGUAAAAUAAGAUGGGCCGGACACUUGAUGCGUUUUAACGACAACCGUUGGACUAGAGCCGUGAGCGACUGGGCUACUCGAGAUAUUAAGCGCACUACAGGAAGACCGCCGGCCUGA